GAGGUCAGAACUCUUCCCAGGCUCUUUCAGGUGGGACAGAAAGGACAGUUUGGAAGUUAUUAUUUUCUUAUCACAGCAGCAACUUAAAAUGCCUGGGAAAAUGGUCGCGGUCUUUGGCGUCUCAAACUUACUUUGGAUGAUGUUUGCAGCGUCUCAAGCUUUUGAAAUUGAGAUCUUCCCUGAAGACCAGAUUUUUGCUCAGAUUGGUGGCUCUGUUUCACUGAUAUGCAGCACGACAGGAUGCGAGUCUCCGUCAUUCUCUUGGAGAACCCAGAUAGACAGUCCGCUAAACGGGAAGGUGAAAAAUGAGGGGAGCAAGUCCACGCUGACCAUGAACCCUGUCAGUUUUGAGAAUGAACACUCAUAUCUGUGCACAGCUACCUGUGGUGCUGAGAAGCUGGAGAAAGGGAUCCAGGUGGAGAUCUACUCUUUCUCCAAGGACCCAGAGAUCCACUUGAGUGGACCUCUGGAGUUUGAGAAGCCAAUCACAGUCACGUGUCUGGUUCCUGAUGUUUACCCUUUUGACAGACUGGAGAUAGAUUUACUUAAAGGUGACCAACUCAUGAAGAAUCAGGAAUUUCUGGAGGGUAUGCACACAAAGUCCCUGGAAACCAAGAGUUUGGAGGUAACCUUUACUCCUGUCAAUGAGGAUGUUGGAAAGGCCCUUGUUUGCCAAGCUAAAUUACACAUUAAUGAACUUGAUGAUAAAUCCAAAAGAAGGGAGACUACCCAAAACCUGCAAGUCUACAUUUCACCCAAGAACACAGUUGUAUCUGUGAAUCCCUCCACAAGGCUGCAAGAAGGUGGUUCUGUAACAAUGACAUGUUCCAGCGAAGGUCUGCCAGCUCCACAGAUUAUCUGGAGAAAGAAAUUAGAUGAUGGAAAUGUACAACUCCUUUCUGAGAAUGCAACUCUCACUUUAAUUGCUAUGAGGAUGGAAGAUUCUGGAAUUUAUAUGUGUGAAGGAGUUAAUCUGGUUGGAAGAGACAAAAAAGAGGUGGAAUUAAUCGUUCAAGAGAAACCAUUUGCUAUCGAGAUCUCCCCAAGACAUAAGGUUGCUGCUCAGAUUGGAGAUUCCCUCGUGUUGACAUGUAAUGUCUCAGGCUGUGAGUCUCCGACGUUCUCUUGGAGAACCCAGAUAGACAGUCCUCUGAGUGGGGAAGCCAGGAGUGAGGGAACCAAGUCAACGCUGACCCUGAAUCCUAUCAGUUUUGAGAAUGAACAUUCUUACCUGUGCACCGUGACAUGUGGGAAUAAGAAGCUGGAAAGGGGAAUCCAGGUGGUACCUUACUCAUUCCGUAAAGAUCCAGAAGUUGAGAUGAGCAGCCCAGUAGUGAAUGGAAACCCGGUCACUGUAAGCUGCGUCAUUCCAGACGUAUAUCCAUCUGACCGGGUGGAGAUUGAAUUACUGAAGGGUGACAAUAUUAUGAAGCAUCAAAACUUUUUGGAGGUGGUCAAGAAGAAAUCUCUGGAGAACAGGAGUUUGGAAAUAACCUUCAUCCCAACCUCUGAAGAUAAUGGAAAAGCUCUUGUUUGUAGGGCUAAGUUAAGUAUUGAGAUGGAAUUUGAACCCAAACAGAGGCAGAGUUCACAGACAUUUUAUGUUAACGUUUCUCCCAGGGUUCCAACCAUCUUGGUCAGUCCCUCCCCCACUCUGGAGGAAGGUAGUUCUGUGAACAUGACAUGCUCUAGCAAUGACCUUCCAGCUCCCAAAAUCCAGUGGAGCCGACAGUUAAAUAAUGGGAAUCUACAGCCUCUUUCUGAGAAUACUACUUUCAGUUUAAUAUCUACAAGAAUGGAAGAUUCUGGUACUUAUGUGUGUGAAGCAAUGAACCAGGCUGGAGUAAGCAGAAAAGAAGUAGAAUUGAUUAUCCAAGUUGCUCCAAAAGACAUCCAACUCACAGUUUUUCCUUCUGAGAGUGUUAAGGAAGGAGACACUGUCAUUAUCUCCUGCACCUGUCUAAAUGUUCCCAAAACGUGGAUUAUCUUAAAGAAAAAGGCAGUGACAGGAGACACUGUGCUGAAGUCUACAGACGGUGCAUACACCAUCCACAAGGCCCAGUUGCAGGAUGCCGGGGUGUAUGAAUGUGAAUCUAAAAAUGAGAUUGGCUUGCAAUUAAGGAGUCUAACACUUGAUGUUAAAGGAAAGGAAAAUAGCAGGAACUAUUUUUCUCCUGAACUUCUAGUGCUCUAUUGUGCCUCCUCCUUAAUAAUACCCGCCGUCGGGAUGAUUAUUUACUUUGCAAGAAAAGCCAACAUGAAAGGGUCCUACAGUCUCGUAGAAGCACAGAAAUCAAAAGUGUAGCUCAUGUCUGAAAUGUUCACCCACAGACACUACUUAUCAGUCAAAAAUCCUUAAUACUGCCCAUCAUUCCACAAAGAAGGCAAAAGCUCAGAGCCCAGAUUUGCCUAAUGUAAUGGACUGCUAGCGAGAAACGGUUUCCUGUGCCUUUUGCAGUGAACAAGAAGCCAGAGGGAAACUUUCUGCCUGAAAAACAGGCAUGGUCAUGAAGGUGUGGUUAUGGAGUGGCUCCUUAAAGUGUACAUACAAUAACACACUCUGUAUAUAUGUAAAGUAAAAUUAUGCCAUAGCAAGAUUCAUUGGAAUAACAUUACUCAGUAGAUCUCUAAAGCAAUUGGACAGUGUUGCUUGAACUGAUAUAACUUAAUGCAUUUUAGGAAUAUUUAACUUUAAUAUUGACUGGCAGCUGACUUUUGUCAUCCUUUUAAUAUAUUAUUUUCUUAGCAAAAUGUUAUUUCUGUGACAUUAUUAAUAACAGUUUCAUGUUUUGUAAAGAUGCCGGUGUUUUAUAUUUUUAUAGUCAAAUGAUUAAUCAAGAAGGCACUGGGUUUCAGGUACUAAACUCUUCAAUCUCCAGUAUAAUGGUUGAUUGAAUUUCUCUGGAUGGUACUGAUACGGUACGGAGAAGUUUUAUGAAUUUUGUCAUCAGUCUCUUGUGCAACUUUCCCAAUGUUAUCUAAAAAUGAAGUUUCCUUUGAUUUUCUUCUGUAAAUGUUUAGUUUUUAUGUAUAGUAAAGUGAUAAAU